AUGGACAGCCACAAGCAACGCAUUGAGUCCAUGCACCUGAUUCUUCAGGUCAUGCGACUCUUCGGCCUCUGGCCCUGGUCUUUGUCCGAGGGGGACCACUGGACGGUGUGGGGUUUCGUGCGGCGAAACUAUCGCUUUCUGCUGCAUCUCCCCAUAACAUUCACCUUCAUCGGACUCAUGUGGCUGGAGGCCUUCGUCUCGAGCAACCUCGAGCAGGCGGGCCAAGUGCUGUACAUGUCCAUCACGGAGAUGGCGCUGGUCGUUAAGAUUCUCAGCAUUUGGCAUCACCGCUCGGCCGCCUGGCAGCUGAUGCACGACUUCCAGCAGGCCCCAGAGCUCCGCCUGCGCUCCCAGGAGGAGCAGCUAUUCUGGCAGCGGGAGCAGCGCUACUUCAAGUGGUUCUUCUACAUCUACAUACUCAUCAGCCUGGGCGUGGUCUACAGCGGCUGUACUGGGGUGCUCUUUCUGAAGGAGUACGAGCUGCCCUUCGCCUACUACGUGCCCUUCGAGUGGCGCAACGAGCGGGGCUAUUGGUUCGCCUAUGGCUACGAUAUGGCGGGCAUGACGCUGACCUGCAUCUCAAACAUUACACUGGACACCCUGGGCUGCUAUUUCCUGUUCCACAUCUCCAUGCUCUACCGACUGCUGGGCAUGCGAUUGAGGGCACUGAAGAGUACAGCGGAUGAGACCUACUUUGGCCAGGAGCUGCGUCAGAUCUUCGAUAUGCAUCAGAGCGUGCGCAGGUUGACCCACACCUGCCAGGCAAUAGUGUCGCCGUAUAUUCUCUCCCAGAUUAUUCUGAGUGCCCUGAUCAUCUGCUUCAGCGGCUAUCGCCUCCAGCAUGUGGGCAUCCGGGCCAAUCCUGGCCAAUUCAUAGCCAUGCUGCAGUUUGUCAGCGUUAUGAUCCUGCAGAUCUAUCUGCCCUGCUACUACGGCAACGAGAUCACCGUCUAUGCCCACCAGCUGACCAACGAGGUCUACCACACCAACUGGCUCCACUGCAGGCCCCCCCUCCGCAAGCUGCUCAACGGCUACAUGGAGCACCUGAAGCAGCCAGUCGCCAUCAGAGCUGGCAACUUCUUUGCAGUUGGUUUGCCAAUUUUCGUAAAGACCAUCAACAAUGCCUACAGUUUCCUGGCCCUCCUGCUGAAUGUCUCUAAAUGA